GCGGCACGCCUGACGCCGGCAGCGAUUUAUUUUUCCUCAAAUCAUUUCAUAAUUGUUUGUUACUUAAGGGAAUUUGUUGUUUUACAUUGCGUUGAUAUUCAUGACGGAGGGUUUCAAAUCAUCAAUAAAAUGUAUACAGUUUUAUUGUUACUCAUUUUAACAUCGUUCGUUGAUAUUGAAGCGAAAUUAAAGAAAAAUUAUCCACCACACUGCACUCAAGUAACAAAAGAUACAGACUAUGUUUCUCGGUUCAAAUUAGAUUAUCCUGUUGUUUACAUCCAUCCCGGAGUACGAGAAUCUUAUCAGCCAAUGUAUUGCCUUAGCCCCCCAUCGGUGAACAAAGCGGUAACGGUGGUAUGCGAUUGGGCAGCGCCUCCCCAAGUGCAGUUUACUCUCGGCGAUGAUUACAUGCAUGUCAUGCGCCAAGAUCCAACCGGGCGUUACCAAGGCAACGCUAUUAUCACCACAUACCAACUUUGCGGUCACAACAUAUCCCACGUGGAUACUUUUGAAAACAAACCUGCUAUUACACCUCGUAUGACAUAAAAUGUUAUAUUAUGUAAGCAUU